AUGGCCCUUGUGGGCAAGGUCAGGAAGAGGCUGCUAGAAGCUCAAACUAGGCAGAAAAGCUAUGCUGACAAGAAACGCCGAGAUCCAUCUUUCAGUAGGGGCGACCAUGUUUUCAUAAAGGUUUCCCCUUGCAAAUGUAUCAUCAGAUUCAGGAAAAGGGGCAAGUUGAAUACAAGGUACAUCGGCCCCUUUGAAAUUCUGGAGGAAAUAGGGGAGGUUGCUUAUAGACUUGCCCUGCCCUCAAAUCUUGAUACAGUCCACAACGUUUUUCAUGUUUCUAAUCUAAGGAAGUAUAUUCCAAAUCUGACCCAUAUCAUCCAUCAUCAUGUAAUGCAGUGGACACCAGACUUGGCUUAUGAAGAGAUCCCAACAAAAAUAAUUUCAAGGCAGAUCAGAAGGCUGCGAAAUAAAGAAAUCAGCAUGGUGAAGGUUCUAUGGAGCAACCAUUCUGCAAAUGAAUUUACUUGGGAAGUAGAGGAAGACAUGCAAAUGAAGUAUACCGAUUUAUUUGGUACGUUUUAA